CUACUUGGGUCUGCUUUGCCGCUCCAAUGUGAUUCUCCCUUAGGCGGCUUAAGGUUAUGUACGAUUUUCAUCCAAGUACAUACUUCUCAAUUAUUGAAUUAUCAUUUUAGCUUUGUUUAAUAAUGUUUAAUAUUCGGUGAACAAGAAGAAAAAAAUGAUACCUGUACCCCGCGAUUCUGUUAACUCUAACGACAGUUUCAUUUUUAUUGUUUAUCAAAUAUUAAACAAAGAUAAACACUGCUCGCGAGAAUUUGCAAGCGUUAAGUGCAGCCUUAAUAAGCAUUUUGUCCUGAUUGGAUUAUAUUAUCAAAUUUAUAGAAAUAGUCCUGUCUCACAAUCAGGAAAGAUAACUUCCACAGUUGCAAAUAGCGAACGUGUACGAUCGUAUUUUCCUCUGGAUCCGACAAAUCAGAGGUGAAUAUCACAAGUCGACGACUCCGACAUCUCCGACAGCUUUCUCCGCUCUGAACGCGCCCAUUGACACAAUCAGUUCACUAGAAUGACACUCGUUUCGUGGCGAUAUGUUUUCUUUUUUAUUUAAUUCAGUCAAUUUCUAUUCUCGAUGUAAAUGAUGUAGUCGUCUUUCCUCUCGCGCGCGAGUUUACUUGUACAGAUUGAUUACCCCUCGCGAUUUGUAUCAUUUUAUACAUAGUACUUAUUAAGUAGCUGUGAUAACAUAGACAUAAGGAAUACGCAUCAUUCGCUAUGCUCUCGAUUGUCAGACAAUUUCUUUCGAAAGCUUUCGAAAGUGAAAUUAUGGCCGCGUCGCAGGACAAUUCGUAUUAAUUCGUAUUAAGUGAGUAUACAAAAAUAAUGGUAGCUGCCGGACCUACAGUCUUGAUGGCAGCUAGCGAGGAGAAUUCGUCAAAUGAGGAAGGAAAUGGUACAGCACGCUCGACAAACCAGAGUACUUGUUCGCGUUACGAGCUACAGCGUUGUGGUCAAAGAAACGUUGAAUCGUCGAUUAAAGGAGAUGGAGCUACUUGCUCUUUGAAUAUUAUAGAAAAGAAGCAACGUAGCCUUACAACAGAAAACAAUGAUAAAGUAAUGUCUAAAGAGCUAAAGGAGAGCUCUAAGAAUCUUACAACUUGUAAAACUGCUCAGAUUCGUGAGACCAGAACGUCUAGAUUACGGGCUGCUUCUAUAGUAUUACCCAAUGAUGUAACAUUAUCGUCUAAAAAAUUACUUGGAUCAGAAACUUCUGACUCUCAGCGGCAUAAUUCAUUAUCUAAGCAAAAAAAUUCCACAUCUAUUGAUGUCACCAUGAAUUCUGUCAAGGAAAGAGACAAGAGUUACAAACGUAAAUCUUAUUUAAAUAGAUCACGUCAUGUAGAAGCAGCGCCUGUUGAUCAUUCAAGUGAAGUUGAAUUUAGCGAAAGACAUUCCAGAAAGCAAUAUGUUAAACGAGGUCAGGUAUCUGAAACGGUAUCCAGUUCUGCUGAUUCCCGUCGUCAAAUGGCUAGUCUGCGCAGAAAACAUAUUGAUUCGAAAGUUGGAGCUCAAUACAUCACAAAAAAUCUUUCUAAAACUUAUUCGUCAUCUUCCGUCGUGCCCACGAAUGCAAAGCAUUCGAUUAUGCAGCAAUCUAGUGGUAGUAUAGGCAAUUCGGAGGUUUCACGCAGAGUGGACGAGUUAACGGCGUUAACACGAGCUACUAUGGAACGCGUGGAAAGACUCGCGUCUGCUACCACGAGCUGUGGUAAUAAUUCAAUUGAGAACGCGCAAUUGAGAACGUGCGUCGCCGAGAAAGUGUCAAUGUCGCCAAAAAAGUGUAUCACACCUAGGCACACGCCAGUUUCAAUUCUCAAACAUAAAACUGUCGACGGAGGCGAAGGAGGCGACCGUCAAGCAUCGUCUAGCGGUUCUCAUGCACCAUCACCAGUAACCUUUUCGCCAUCCGUCACGGAACCUGUUUCCCACAAGAGGCACGGUAUUUUGAAAAAACGAAGUAGCUUAGAUGAAAGCGAGAUAUUACGUCGUCGUAGCUGUUCUCCCGAUGUUUCCUUCGCUGACAACAUUUACUCGGAAUUUCGGCCAAUAUUGAAAAAUCAAAGGCGAUCCUCACUGGAUGAGAUUGUCAAGAGGGAUCAAAGCCCUGAUCAACAACCUGCUUCCAUAUUGAAACGUAAAUCGUCUAGAGAAGACGACAGAGAAAUUCAUCGAUUGUCAUUGGGAUCUCCGGAACCACAGAGCAUUUUGAAACGCAAACUCGCGAACAGCGUGCGCGUCAAUAGCGUCAAUCAUCACGUAACAAUUGCAUCGGACGUCGCGAGCACAAAUGUGGCGAGUGGAAAUACGAUUGCGAGCACGAAUGCCAGCCUUGUGUCUGAAAAUCUCGAGGGAUCUGAAGUAAAACCUAUAUUAAAGAAAAAAUACGGCAAGGAGGAACUCACCGGGAACGACAUUUCCUCUCUCGAGCCUCGGCCUAUAUUGAAAAAGAAAUCAAGUACCGAGUCAGACGAACACGAGCAUGAUAAACCAAAGAAGACGAUUUUAAAGUCCUCGCGGAAAAAUUCGUACGAGGAAGGCAGUUACGAGACAGAGUUGACUUCUCCAAGAAGAUUGUCUGUAUUGAAGAAUCGAGCGAGCGAGAUCGAAAAUGUACGACCAAUAUUGAAACAGCCGAGCGGCAGCCGUUACUACGACGAUACGUGUGAUUUAACGGCGGACUCAUUUUUGCGAAAGAGAGCGCAAUCUGUAAGUCAUGCGCGAUCUGCUAAUGGCGAUGACUGUGUCGAGUCAAUUCGUGUAUUAGCCAAACGAAGAUCUCUCGAGUCCAGUUCGCCGAUCGACAUGUUGUAUACUCCGACUACCACACGUCGCUGUUUUACGGCAGAUCGGUCCAAUGAAACUUUCUACGCAGUAAAUAGCUCCGGUGCAAUUAAAGAAAAUAAACUAUCGUGCGAGGGAUCUAGCAAAAUCAAGCAAGUUGCGAACAGUAUGGAAGAGAAGAAUAAAAUAGAUUCGCAUAAACAUUUCAUGAGGAUCGAUAAUGAUGUGAAUAAUUGUGAUGCGAUACAAAUUCAAACACAGACGAUUGACAAGAAAGAAACGAUAAAAGAAAGGCAGGAGGGACAUGAGGGUGUGCAGGAUGUUGACGAGGAUUAUGCUGCUAUUUGUCGUAGCAACAGUGUAUCGAAAAUGACACAACAUUUUAAAGUUCUUCAAGAGAAGGCAAACGCCGCGGCUGCGGAAAACAGUUCUCAGCGUGUACCUUCGCAGAAAUUAUCGCGCGGCAUUCAACGUUAUCGCGAACGUAAGAUACAGAGCGGCGAAAGAUUCAAUACCCAACCGGUAACUUUGGAAGAAGUGCGCGAGGCGGUCUUACAAAAUCAGCGCAACGCCACAACGUUGAGCAAUGCAGGAACGACUGAUAACGAGCCUGAACCAUCCAAGCUAAGCUUGGCUGAACGCGUGCGGCUCUUUAAUCAAAAGAUUACGACUACGGAAACCGUAGCUGGAAGAAACACCGCGUACCAGGAAAAGUUUAUUCAAAGAAGACGACAAUCUACGCGUUACAAAACGCAACCUGUAACAUCUGAGGAGGUUGAAGUGGCGUCCCGGAUAUCACCGUUGAAUCUGAAUCACCAGAUUCCAACCUUGGUUGAGGGGCACUUAAAAGAAUGUCAAAGAUCGUUGCAUUCGCCACCGCUUGCAAUAACGUCUCAGCAUGAUAUACCAAAAAGUAUUCUAAAGUCAUCCGCCGGUUAUACGCAAAAUCUGUCGCGUGCCAAAAGCCCGGAACUCCGAGGUAUGAAAUUGAUCAGAUCUGUGCUUAAGAAAGAAUCCGAAGAAUCGGAGCAACCGAUGUUAUUGCCGAGUGCUGAGGUGUAUCCGCGUUCUAUUCUAAAAAGUAAUCCUUACUCGAGACCCAUCAUUUCGACGUCGACAACGAGUGUUGUUGACGUCGCAGCGACAUCGAGAAACGAACGAAGCUUAUGUAGCGUCGAGAGCCAAAAUUUCCACAUCGAAACUUGUAAAUUCUGCGAAACUGAGAAAUUAGAUUGCUUCAAUGUAGUGACUAACAAUCCUGUGACACGAGAUAAUUUGCGAGAUCUUUGCGAGCAUGAGAUGCGAGCAAUCAUUUCUAAACAAGGCGAUAAUAUGGAAAACAAAGCCGCAGUGCCUUCCCUUCAUAAAGCUGCAUUAUUUCGAAACGAAGAAAUCUUAUUGGCUGACGUAAAUAAUUGCAGAAUUGAUACAAUAUCGAGUAGUGCAUUAGAAAGACGCAGCAAUGAAAGGCACGACAAUUCGUUAACGAACAAAUCGAAUCGGGCGUUAGAUGUCGACGACAACAAUAAGGAUGAUGAAAACGACGACAAUGACGAUGAGAACAACGAAAAAGAUAGCGGUAAGGAAGAAGAGAAGUUGGCAGUGAAGAUGGAACGGAACGACGACGACGACGACGACGACGACGACAAGAACGAGAGUUAGAACAGCAACGACGACGACGUCGACGACGACGACGACGGUCACAAGAUACACAAUAUUGUCGCGAAUGAAAAGUCGCUGACUAGUGUCGCACAAUGUUCCAUUAAUUCGUUGGCCAAGAGUAUCAGUCAACAUUCUCUAGGUGAGGAAAGGUGGAAACAGCAACGUGGUGGUUUGCCAUUACCGGGACUGUGUCGUAGCGCGACACAGGUGAUAGCGUCGAUAGAGACGAGUGAGACACCGAGCGUGAGUAUCGCGGAUCGGUUGGCCGCGCUACGUCACAACGGCAGCACGAACUGGAAACGACGUGUGGCCGGUGCCAGAGUUGACGAAUCGUGCGACGAUGACUCGCCACUCACUUUGGAGGAGAGCACAAUCAAAUCGGGCGUGCUGGCCGACUGUAUCGAAAAAUUGGAAUCUGCCGUGGAUAGCUGGAAGAGUAGAAUCGUAGAACCCGAUGCGGUCAAUUUCACUGUCGCUGGCAAAAUGAAAAUAGCUCCAUCGAAAGAUGUUUGUUCGCCGUUCCUUACGGAAGCCACGGCGAACAUUUCAAAUCAGAAGAAAAAAGCUCCGCGUCCGCAGUGGUUGAAAAUGAGGAAAGAUAAAGAGCGUACUAAUGAUGCGGAAUCGAGCCCUGCCAGUCCGUGCAAGGAGUCAUCUUCUGCCACGCAUACAAGCUUCUCUGAACCUAGCGACGACAGCGGUGAAGAAUGUAAAACGGAGCAUGUCUUGUCGCCAAGUGUUUCAGUACCUAAAACGGACGAUGAAACGUUUACAUCUUUCUUUAGCGGUGUGUCGCUGGAAAAAUGCGAGACUGAGUGUCUUGACUUAGAUGAAAGCGACUUCGAUAUAAUCGCACCACAAUACAAAUUAUUAGUACAAAAGCGGAAUAUACAAAUGCAACGUCGACGAGCCACCGCAAGAAAUCCUCUUAAAGUUCUUGCUGCACGUACGGAUUUGAGAUCAGAAUACACCGAGAUUCGCACCAAUACAACCGCGAGAAUGACGACGAACUUAAAUAUGAGACAAUUUGCCCAAAGCUCAUCUUUUGCCAUUGAGGCUCUCGCUGGCUUGGCUUCUACUGAAGAUUUUAGUACGGUGACUCUGAGAAACGUGUCGGAAGCAAGCGUGUCCACGAAUAAAUUGCGACCAUAUAAAGACAUAAUGUUGUUAUUGAUUAAAGGAAGACGACACGUUCAAGUUAGAUUAAUCGAACCUGUCGCCGAGAGUAUCAACAAUGGCGAUAGUUAUAUACUGGUAACAAAAUUAGAGAUUUUUAACUAUAUAGGAAAAUACAGCAAUAUUAUCGAAAAAACUCGUGCCGCUGAGAUCGCAUUGAGUAUUCAACAACAAAAGGAUCUAGGCUGUCAAGCAGUCCAAGUAAUCACUAUAAACGAGGAUAAACUGACUUGCUCGAGGAAUCAAGUUGAAAAAUUUUGGAGUUACCUUGGUGUGGUUAACAUCGAAAGGCUAAACGUUGUGGAGGCUGGCCAUCCUGACGAAGAUGAAUUGUACGAAUCUGCCAUUAUCGAUACAAAUAUGGUGUACGAAUUGAAAGAUGAACAAUUAGUGUUACACGAAAAAUUCUGGGGUACGCUUCCAAAGAUAGAAAUGCUUAAUAAGAAUAAGAUUCUGGUGUUCGAUUUUGGCACUGAGAUGUACAUUUGGAGCGGCAAAGGAAUUUCGGCGGACAAGAAGAAGCUUGCUACACAGUUGGCGACAGAAAUGUGGAACAAUGGAUAUGAUUAUAGCGAGUGUAGCGCUUGUCCGAUUAUUGCGGCCCAUAUGAUUGGUAAUCGGAACAAUGAUUUGCGCUCGUUCGCAAAAUUCGCCAAAAAUAGACCCGAAUGGUGUUUACUGGCCAAGUUGACGCAACACGUCGAAACAAUAUUAUUCCGUGAGAAAUUCCUCGAUUGGCCUAAUGUCACCGGUGCAGUAAAGACGCGAGGUCGGAACGAUAAUGAGCGACAAAUCGACGGUGCAAUAACAGUGCAUUUGGAUGAAAACGAUGAUAUGUGGCUACCAAAUUCUACUUCAGUCGAUUUUAUUCUAGAAGGCUGUCAUUUGGGCAGAGGCACUGGUUGUUACGAUAAUGAAUUGAAGAAAGAAUAUGUUGUUGCUACAACGAGCGUUUUGGUGUGGCAUAUCGAUGAAUUCUCGCAUACGCUUCUAGACGGAUCAUCCAUUGGUCAAUUUUAUUCUGGUGAUAGUUAUAUCAUUCAUUGGACGUAUUCCGUCACAAUUACUGGCAGAGAACUCAGUGGUUUGCCGUCCAAGCACUCGGCAAAAGGUCGCGAUAGAUCUGUAUACUUUAUUUGGCAAGGUCGAAAUGCAUCCUUGAAUGAACGAGGUGCCGCGGCAUUAUUAACGGUUGAAUUAGACAGCAGUCGAGGUCCUCAGAUUCAUGUUGUUCAAGGACAUGAACCAGCUGCAUUCUUAAAUUUAUUCUCUGGAAGGAUGGUGGUACACAGUGGCAAGAAAUCUGACAAUGAGAAAAAAUGUGAGAAACGAUGGAGAUUGUACAUUUGCCAAGGAACUUUAGAAAACGAGACAUUUUUGAUUGAAAUUCCUUGUAGUACGCGACAAUUAAGAAGUAGAGGUUCCUUUAUAUUGCUCGACACCGAAAAUGCAAGACUAUAUGUCUGGCAUGGGAACAAUUCGUUGCGCCAUAUCAGAGAAAAUGCAUUAAAAGCUGCAAAUAAAUUGAAAGAAAACCAACCCGAAGAAGCUGGAUUAUCCAACGAAAAUAACAUACAAAUAUAUGAAGUUCAAGAAGGUUUGGAACCUGAGGGAUUUAGUAAUGCGUUAGGUGGCAUAAAUAAAAAAUUGUAUUGGUCGUUAGAAACAGCUGACAUACAAGAUUAUACUCCAAAGCUUUAUUAUUUAUCCAGUAUUUCUAAAAAAUUCCGCGCAACGGAAAUACUUUGUCCAUAUCGUUGUCCGGAUCUGACAACACCGUUUCCUUUCUCACAAGAUGAUUUGUACCAAGCGAAUCAACCAGCCUUAUUUUUAUUGGAUGACAAGAAUGUGAUUUGGAUUUGGCAAGGAUGGUGGCCUGAUAAUGGAACGGAAGAUCAGUACGGAAGCAAAACUGUCCGAUGGCAAGCUGAGAGGAGAGCGGCAAUGACGAUAGCGAUACGAUAUUGGCGAAAGACUCGAAGCGCACAAACAACGAAUCUUCCAAUUUAUUUAAUAUGGGCUGGUUUAGAACCGUUACAAUUUACAAAUCUUUUCCCGGAAUGGACGUAUCGGGACGACGUUGCUGAAUUAAAUAUAGAGGAUGGCCGGAAUCCAGGAGAAGUAUUAACCGUGGAAAAUGAAUUGGCUCGCCUAACACAAAGUACAUAUCCUCCUGCUCAGCUGUUACAAAGACCUUUACCUGACGGGGUCGAUCCAACCCGUCUAGAAUUGUAUUUAUCCCAACAACACUUUCAAGAGCUGCUGGGAAUGAGCAAGGAAAAAUUUCAACAACUUCCAGUUUGGAAGCAAGUGAAUCUCAAGAAAGAUAUAGGAUUGUUCUGAUGGAUCGUUUUAACUGCGAUUAGCAGUAGCUGCCCUUGCAUAAUGUUCGAAUUUUUAUUAAUUGUUUCAUAAUUCUACAAUUUAAGAAUCAGAAAAAAGUCUCAACUUCUAAGCGUAUUUUUCUCGGAACUUUUUGUGUAUAGAGAAUGAAACAUUUCGAGAAACAUUUUGAGAAUCGGUGAAUAUAUUGUCGACGAUAUAUAUCUAAUAAUUAAUUAAUUUAAAAAGAAUCAAUGCGAAUCAAUCCGAAAAUGUAUUGUCAGUACUAUUUGAAUUAUAACGCAUAUGUAUGAUAUAUAAUAAGCGUAUGUGAACACAGAUUAUAUAUUUUUAAUACGUGCUACAUGCGAAAUCUGCUUGCAAACAUUUUCUUUAUAAUAUAUUUGUAUGAUGUUUAUAUAUUGCGAGUGAAUUGUCGCUGUUUUCGCCUUAAUCGUGUAAUAUCUGUAUAAGAUGGUUUCUAUAAUUUACAAUAUAUUCUGCAUUUUUAAAUAGUA